AUGUCUUACUAUCAAGGAGGGGGACACCGACUGGGAGGGGAUCUGUACCGCCCGAGAAGGAAUGGGGGAAUGAACAGCUAUGAAGGAAACAACGGCCAACGACAUAACCAGAAUUUCAAUGGAGGCUCGAGGUAUCAACCUCAAGGUGAUAGAUCAUACAGACCGUCGAGAUAUCAAGAACGGCCACAUAAAGACGCAUAUCAACAAGCAUAUUCGCAGAUGCAAGCGGAAAACCAACUCUGGAUGGGCGAUUUGGAUCCUCAAUGGACAGAGGCUUCUAUAGCUGACCUAUGGAAACAAAUGGGCGAAGAGCCAACUGCAGUAAAGAUCAUCCGAGACAAAAUGGGAAAACUGCAGUACUGCUUCGUGACUUUUCCAAGUCUGAAUGCCGUUGCGAGUGCCAUUUCAAAACAUAGAGCACAAGUUCCUGGUUCUUCCCGCUUCUUCAAAUUGAAUUGGGCUUCUGGAAGUAACCCAGGAGGAGAUGCAAGGAGCAAUGCAGGUCCCGGAAAUCGCCUCAGCAAUGCAUCUGGUUCAAGAUUGUCAAAGCCACAACAGGAAUACUCAAUUUUUGUUGGCGACUUGGCCUCAGAUGUGUCGGAGUCCUUACUCUAUACUCAUUUUGACAAGGAGUAUCCUGGCUUGGUCAAACAAGUUAAAAUAAUGACAGAUCCUCAUACAGGAGCUAACAAAGGCUUCGGGUUUGUACGGUUCGUUAGUCCUGAAGCACAACAAGCCGCUCUUCAAGACAACAAAAGUAUUGUAAUCAAUCAAAGAAAAGUGAGAGUGGGACAGGCCAAUGGGGGGAACCAGGAUGCCUCAUCUGCAUUAAAAAAGACAUCAACCGAACAACCAAUACCUACUACAUCAAACUUAAGUCAACAACAACCAGCCUUAUCGCCGAGUACCGAUCCAAACAAUUCUGUCAUUUGUUUGCAUGGAAUCACAUCUUCUAUUACAGAUGACGAUUUACUUGCACAUUUUCUUCCAUUUGGCCAUAUAAUAUACUGCCGCCUUAAUCAUGUCAGUGGUACAGCUCACAUUAAAUAUCUCUUAAGACUGGCAUCCCAGCGGGCCCUUGUUUUUAUGCAAGGAGUAUCAAUAUGUGGGAACAGAUUAACUCUACAAUGGGGGCGCGAGUAUGAAGCCACCGCAGGAAAAAUGCGCUGGGUUCCAGCCGCUAAAAAUACAAAAUAUGUUGCCGCAAAUCGACCACCACAGUUGUAUGGAGAACUACCGUACAACGUUGUGUUUAGCAAACUUAGUAAGGAGGAGGUUGAAUCUUUAAAGUUUGUUGAGCAGAGCGAGAUGCUAUCAGUUGAGCAGCUUAAUGAGGCUCAAAAAUUAUCACAAGAACAUAAAAACGCCUUUUUAGACCUGUUCAUCUAG